GUUGGAGGGGAUAAAGAAGCAGCAGCAGCAGCAGCUAUCCCCCUCUUCUUCCUCGGCCGCUUCGAAGCACCGGAGAGGCGAGCAGAGGGUAGACAGCAAGAUGGAAGGGGCAGGGAAGAAGAGGCGGCCGCUGGUAGUGAUGGCGUCGUCCUCGCAGGCGGCGGCGCGCGGCGUGGGCGUGGCCAACCCGCUGGCGGAGUGGGGCGACCGCGUCAGGUCGCUGGAGGCCGGCCUGCGCGCGUGGCUGGCGAGGCAGCCCACCCACGUGGAGGCCGCCGUGGCCACAGCGGUCGGGGCCGUGCAGGGCGCCGCGCUCGGCGGGCUCAUGGGCACGCUCGCGCCCGACGGCGGGGCCGCGCUCCCCGUGCCGCAGCCGCCGCCCGGGGCCGACCCCAAGGCCAUGGCCUCCUUCAAGCAAGCGCAGGCUUUAGCGGGUGGACCCCUGGUGCAAGCACGAAACUUUGCGGUCAUGACUGGCGCGAAUGCAGGCAUAUCUUGUGUUAUGAGAAGGAUAAGAGGAGUGGAGGAUGUCCAGGGCAGUAUGGCAGCAGCUUUUGGUUCUGGUGCUUUAUUCUCCAUCGUGAGUGGAAUGGGGACACCAAAUCCAGUAGCUAAUGCAAUUACAACUGGUGUUGCUUUUGCUGUAUUUCAAGGUGGAUUUUUCAUGAUUGGUCAAAAGUUUUCACAGCCACAGAGUGAAGAUACGUACUAUUCUCACGGAAGAAGCAUGUUGCAAAAAUUAGGCCUUCAGAACUAUGAGAAGAAUUUCAAGAAGGGUCUCCUGACUGAUCAAACCUUGCCCCUCCUUACUGACAGUGCACUCAGAGAUGUGAAGAUCCCUCCUGGUCCCAGACUCCUUAUACUCGAUCACAUUAAAAGAGAUCCUGAGUUGACAAGAGCAAACUAAAGUAAUUGCCACUAUCUGCAGCACCAACUAUUUUUCCUCGACUUGCAGAAAUUAGGUUCUCGGGAGAACAGUCUAGCUAUUUCAGGGAUGAGUUAUUUAGACAGCAGUAUUUGGCUGUACCACUAGUAUAUGUUUUGCAGUCAUUAGACUAUGAUCAAUUUGCAUGCAUACAUCUGUAUUUUAGUUUCUGUGAAUCACUCUGCUCUUGGAAUGGUUGAAUUUGAUCUUCUCAAGUGUUAUGCUGAGUAAUCAAGAUUCAAUUAAUUUAGGGCAUGCCAAGCUGAAAGACAAACAGCAAUCAAGACAUUUAGACUUCUGGA